UCCGUACAUCCAUUAGUUGAAUCUGCUGACAGUCUGCAGUGACCACCAGAUAUUUGGCUUUUCUGCUCGCUCUCGUUGGAAUUUCAUCUUUUUGGCUUUAUCUUAAGGCCAUUUUUUUCAAUUUGGGGUUCUUUAGUUGCCAGUAAACUCUGAGAAGUCAGUUCCACCAAUAGAAGGUGUUCUUGCUGUCAUCAUCAUAAUCGCUUUCCUUCUAUGGGAUUAGGAUGGCUAUGGAGCAGGGCAGCCUGUGACUGACUACCUGCUGCUCACAGUUGGCAUUUUGUUUGGUUUUUGGCACUCGUUUGGUGGAUCAGCCACAGCCAAAAUGCUGAACCAAAGUGCUGUGGUGAUCUUCACUGGGAUCUGUGGGGCGUUGGUACUCAUGGCAAUGGCCUACUAUGUCUACUGGACUGUAGUAUUGUCUGAAGGACCGUGCAGACGAGGCUUAUAAAAGGAUCUCACCGUGGUUGGUCAUAGUGAAUAGAGAGGAGCCUCUUCAGCUCUCUGGGCUCCUCGACCAUGGGUUUCCUGGCCUCCAUCAAGGGCCUGUUCAUCCUUCAGUUGUUGAUGGGCUUUGUCUUUGUGGUGAGCGGCCUCAUCAUAAACUUCAUCCAGCUGUGCACGUGCAUCAUCUGGCCAAUCAACAAGCAGCUCUAUCGCAGGAUCAACUGCCGGCUCUCGUAUUCCCUCUGGAGCCAGCUGGUGAUGCUGCUGGAGUGGUGGUCCGGCACAGAUUGCACCCUAUACACUGACCAGGCGACGGUGGACAAGUUUGGCAAAGAACAUGUCAUCAUCAUCCUCAACCACAACUACGAGAUCGACUUCCUCUGUGGCUGGACCAUGUGUGAAAGAUAUGGGAUCCUCGGGAGUUCUAAAGUUCUAGCCAAACAUGAGCUACUGAAAGUUCCUCUGAUCGGCUGGACUUGGUACUUCUUAGAAAUAGUUUUUUGCAAGAGAAAGUGGGAGGAGGACCGCAAAACUGUCUUCAGAGGACUAGAAAGGCUGAAAGACUAUCCCGAAUAUAUGUGGUUUUUGCUGUACUGCGAAGGCACCCGCUUCACCGAGAAGAAGCACCAAAUAAGUAUGCAGGUCGCAGAGAGCAAAGGCCUGCCCAAGCUGAAGUAUCACCUCCUUCCACGCACCAAGGGCUUCACCACCACCCUGCAGUGUCUCAAGGGCACAGUGACUGCUGUUUAUGAUGUGACACUCAACUUCAAGGAUAAGCAAACUCCGACUCUUUUGGGCAUCGUCAAUGGCAAGAAGUACCAAGCAGACUUGAGCGUGAGACGGUUCCCUGUUGAGGAGAUUCCAGACGAUGAGAAGGAGUGUGCCAACUGGCUGCAUAAGCUCUACCAGGAGAAGGACGCCUUACAGGAAGCGUACAGCAAGGAAGGCAAGUUCCCCGGGCCCACCAUCAUCCCCCCUCGCCGACCCUGGACGCUGCUCAACUUCCUGUUCUGGGCCACGCUGCUGCUCUCGCCGCUCAUCAACUUUGCGUGCGGCGUGGCGGUCAGCGGCUCUCCCCUCCUCAUCAUCGGCUUCAUCAUCUUCCUCCUCAUAGCGUCCGUCGCCAUCCGCCGCCUCAUCGGCGUCACGGAGGUGAACAAGACGGGCUCCAGUUACGGCGACCAGGAGACCAAGAAACAAAACUAGUGUUUUUUUGGGGGGGUUUUUUACCGAGCCCCCGCCUCCAUGUACAGAUGUUUCUUCUUGCCCUCAACUCCUUCCUCCCACCAACUCCAGUCCAGUCCCGCCUGAGUCUUGGAGGAGAGCCAAGGACUGCAAAGUAAGCCAGCUGCUGACACACUUUACACUGAUCUUAAACCUACAUCUUUAUUAGCCCACUUCCUGUCGGUCACCGCUCCGGUUCAACAUUCACACUCGCACACCCCCGGGAAACAUCACCUGUGCACGUUCAGACUGUCCUCCACACUUCAUUUGCAUGUUUUUAGCAGGAGCUCCGCCCCCAGACUCAAAUGCCAGGUGGAGUGCUGUCAGAUUCCAGACUAAAAGGUCACCAGCUGUCUCCAUGUAGCCUCACGCAUAUAGACUCUAGUCGUCAUGGUAACCUCUGCCUUAAAUCAAGCUUGCUCAGGCAAGGGUCUCCCUCCCUUCCUCCCUCCCUCCCUCAUAGCCAACAUUUCCAGUAACCGUCCUGAUUACGUCGUUAGCAACACGCCUCGUUUUCUCUUUCCACGCGGUCCGACUCCGGUGACAUAUCGCGCUCCCUCGCUUCCACGGAGCGUUCAUCUUCUUCUUCACGCCCACGUCCUCUUCCACACACCACAGAUUUCAUGCAAGCCUUAACUAGACAGUGCUGCUUAUUAUGAGUUUUUCCAUGAAAAGCGAGACUGAGCCCCUGUGCAAGUGGAUUGUGACACGUGACAGGACUCCCCUCCCUAAGCGUCUGGCUUUACACUUUCAAUACCAAGAAGAGAAUCAGUGUCCAUUAGUUUGUUGACAUUUCCCCAUGAAGGCGUGUUUCAGUUGCACUCACUGGUGUCCUCGUGAAAAACUUGAGUUCUCUUUUUUUUUUUUUUCCCUGCUUAGAUCCACAACACACACGUCGUAAAUGCAUUUCACUUCAGUCAAUUCAUGUGACUUUGUUUUGUUUUGUUGUUGAGAUCUUCAAUAACCGAUAAAACUAUCAUCACUUUCAACCCUCAAUGACUCACGCAUCAUCAACUUUAGUUUUUGAAGCUGUUUUUGGGGUGUUUUUACCUCACCCACCACCUAUUAAAGACUUCAAUCACUAAGCAA